AUGCUGCCGAUCCACGUCGUCGAUCAGGGCCUGAUCGCCCGAACGUUCGUCGAGAGAGGCGCCGGAGUUGAGUUCACGAGGGACGAGGAAGACAGGUACUACUCCAGCGAAUCCGUCGCCGAAUCGGUGCUGGCGGUGAUGGGGGAGGAAUCCGGGAGGAGGUACAGGGACAAAGCGGAGGAGAUGAGGGUGGCGGUGUUCGGAAAUACGGCGAUGUUCUGGGGGAUGGCGCCGGCAACAGAGGAGAAGAAUCGAGUGGGGAUAGAGAAGGGUACGGGUGGGGUAAUAAAUGAUUUAAUUUAA